AUGUUCUUCACUGCAUCUAUGACAUUCAUCAUUUGGUUCAAUCUUCUGCUUUGCAUCGCUUCUGGUAAAAAUGAAACUUUCUCUCCAACUAAUCUCAAAACCGGUGAUGAAGGUUCUGGCAUUUCUGGCAUCUCAGACAGCUUUAAUAUCCUCGAUUACACCAAUUUUGAGCCACUGUUUGACUCAGAAUUUCCGUCCGAUCCUUCGCAGUUGAUUGAUUUCGUUCCGUUAAGUGAAAUUGAGGAGACUGAUCUGUUAAGAAAUGCUCCUUAUCCUGGCUUCUCCAAUAGUUAUGGCUUCAUCGGCCACACUAAUUUGGAAGCAUCACUUGGCACAGAUAUGGAUUCAUAUAGGAAUGUGCGGGAAGAUGUUAAUGGAGAAUUAAAAACGAAUAAUAAUGAAGUGAGAUAUCCUUCCAUUACAGAACAAAGUGCCCUUCCGAUCUAUUUUCACCAAGUUACUCUUUCCUCGGACGGCAUAUCCGGUCAACAUGGAAAUGCUGAACAGAGCAACAUCAGCAACAAACACUUCUCGAAUAGUUUGAAUAUCCUCGACUACAGGGGGAAUACCGAUGAAGGAUCAGAAACAGAUAAAAAAAAUUAUACUUGCCAUUAUCGCGGAUGUACUGUACUUGCGAAAACUUACAAAGAAUAUAUAACACAUAAGAAAACACAUGGUCAAACUUUCAUUUAUGAAUGCAAAGUGCCUGGUUGUGGGCGAACAUUCGACUAUAAAUCAACAUUUUACAAUCACAAGCAAACACAUAAAUCUCAUCCUCAGUGUGAAUGCUGUGGCAAAUUCUUUACCAACAAAGAUGGAUUGACAAAACACAAGAAAUACUUCCAAAAAAAAUCUCAUGGACGAAGCUACGAAUGUUUUUAUUCCGGCUGUGCUUUGAUCACGAAAACUUACAACGAAUAUAUAGCACAUAAGAAAACACACGGUGAACCCUUCAUCUAUGAGUGCAAAGUACCCGGUUGUGGACGGACAUUCAACCAUAAAGCAUCAUUCAGCUGUCAUAAACAAACGCAUGAACCUCAUCCUCAGUGCAAGUACUGUAGCAAAAUCUUCACUAGCAGAAAUGGACUGCGAGCGCACAUGAGGCGCAAAACAAAAUCUCGUUAG